AUACAUGAACGUUGCUUUCAGAGUCGCACCGCUUCGCUACAAACAGACAAUCCCAUGUUGCUCACAUUUCAUGAGAAAACACUUGAGGCGUUUCAGUGUAAUUGUCGUUAAGAAAAACUAUGCAGUUGAUACCUUUCCUACUCCUUCUGCUCACCAGCUUUGGAGGAUUUAAUGGCAUCGAAUAUGAAACAAUGUGUACAUCUAAUGCCUGCUUCACUGUACAUAUGGAGAAGGUGAGCUUUUUCAAGGCCAAUCAGAGCUGCUUCGACGAUGGAGGUUACUUGAUGACAGUAAGAGACAAAGAAGAAGAAGCGAUACUGCACUCUCUCCUCUCGCUGAUCAGGAAGGACAAGAGUCAGCAAUUUUGGAUUGGAUUAAAGCUAUACAGAGGGGACUGCGUUUUAGCUGACAAACCCCUGAGAGGCUUCAAGUGGGUCUCUGGGGAGGAAGAUUCCCACUACUCCAACUGGAAUAAAGAGCCUGUGGACACAUGCACUGAGCGAUGUGUACGGGUUAGUUACAAUUCCCUUGAUGACGAUCAACCAAAAUGGAGUGCUGGAGCUUGUAAAGGACCUUCAUUUUCUGUGUGUAAGUUUUAUUUUAAAGGAAUGUGCAAUGCUCUGCAUCUGUCAGGCUCCGGACACAUAUCAUACACGGCUCCUUUCUCUGCUGAGCCACUACAAAGCAAGAUGAAAUCCUUGCCACUUGGAACAUAUGCUAAAGUCACAUGCAGUGACCGACAGUCACACUUUUCUAUGUGCGUCAAGAGUGAUGAGAAAUAUCAAUGGACUGUACCAGGUCCGUUUUGCCGAACUGAACAUCGGGAAUGCGCUCACAUCAAUGGCGGAUGCGAACAUAUCUGCCACCAAUACUCGGAUGAGGUAAAAUGCCUCUGUCACCAGGGUUACACUCUUGAGGACAAUGGACUUUCUUGUCAGGCUGAAGACCUGUGCGACAUGGACACCUGUGAGUAUGAGUGCAUCGUGGGAGAGUCUGGACAUAUCUGCAAGUGUCCCACAGGGUUUGAAUUGGAAGGAAACCAACGCAACUGUUCUGACAUUGAUGAGUGUCAACAGUCACACCUGUGCGGCAAACACACGUGUGUUAACACACCAGGCAGUUACAUGUGUCUGUGUCAAAACGGCUACGAAUUGGUGAACGGGAACUGUCGUGAUCUGGAUGAAUGCACACAUUCUAAAUGUUCACACGGCUGCAUAAACACUGUUGGGUCAUUCUCUUGCUACUGUAAAGAUGGCUUUACUUUAUCAGAUGACGGCUUCUCUUGCGUGGACAUUAACGAAUGUGAAACUGAGCGAUGUCACUUAAAAUGUGUCAAUACUGAAGGAAGUUUCAUCUGCAGAUGCCCAGGUGGCUUUCAUGUGCAUGCCUCUGGAAAGAAUUGCACUCCAGAUGUGACAUAUGAAACACUAAAUGACUUAGUGGGCCCGGAAAAUGAAGCAAACAUAUUUGAGAUUGUAUCCAUGACGACAAUGACGUCACAGAGAGUGACCACACAUACGGAUACGCCUCUUCCGCGCACGGCACCCACCUCUCCAAGUAAUGCAUCCUUGUUCGCGAGCACCAAGGUGGUCAACUCCAGAGUGCUCAUCUGUGUCCUCGGCUCAGUGAUUCCUUUACUUCUUUUAGUCACUGUGACAUUAACAAUUGCCGUUGUGCGAUGUCAUCGAUCGAAAAAGGAAGCAAAGAAAAGUGCAACAGACAGUUAUUGUUGGGUGUCCUCUGGAUUCGACCCACGCUUAGAAAAACUCUAUGAAUCCAUCUUGACUGAUGACCUAUGACCGGACGUAUUGUCUUAAUUAUGUGUAUAGUUUAAGAGUAUUUAUAAUUUAUGUGUCGUGGCAGGGUGGCUGACUAUUUGGCACUAGCGGUAUAAAUACCCAAUUUCAGGACGAUAUGAUAAGAUAUCAAUUCUUUGGGCAAUGAUACAAUAUUUUCCAGUUCAACAAAGUCUGCCACAAUUCGAUUUGAUUCAACGGCAUUUGAUCGAUUUAAUACGAUAUCAUGUACUUAUUUAACAUAGUUAAAUAAAAAAUACAAUGCAAUUUUGAUGUUUUUGACUAUUUUGCUGCUGAAACAUAUCAGACACAUGAAAAAAAAUACACUUGUUUAAACAAAAACAGCCUGUCUAAAAAAUGAUGUCGAUAAAUGUUCUGCAUUUCUUUCGAUUUUAAUUGAUAUAGCGAACCAAAUCAAGUUAUCGUUAGCACAGUGCUUCUCAAUUAUUUUCUGUUAUGCCCCCCCAGGAAGACGUAAACAUUCCGCGUCCCCCCCAACUCUGCCGCCAGUGUAAAUAUACUGUAUUAUCAUUUGUAUAUAAAAUUCUUACUAUUAUAAGAACACCUCUGCAUAACAUUUUGUUCUUUUUAUUAUUAAAGAAAAAAGUUAUAUAGAUCAACUUACAAAAGUAGAAAGAGAAAAAAAAACUACAACCGUACUGUAAAAAUGCACUUGAUACAUUUUUUGACCGUUUGAUACGGAAAAAUAAAAUUUGAUAACAAUAAAUAAUAAUAAUAAUAAUGUAAUAAUAAAAUUAUAAUAAAUUCAAAUAGAUUAACAACAUUGACUCACGAGGACAAUAUGCCAAACAAUUAGACUGAAAAACAAAAAUUAAAUCGAAAAAAAAAAAAUGACAAUGUCAUUGGACA